AUGGAUAAGCUGCAUAAAGGUUCAGUUAGCAAUCCUUCCAAAGACGGCCUUAUUGGCUGUGAUAAUGGCAGCAAUCAACACCCUAAUGAGUAUGAAGGAGCUGUGGGAUGUGACCAACUUGGUGCUGUUGUGUCUGACUUCUACAUUGACAUAGAUGACACUCUUGAUGAUCCAAGAUUCCAAGAAGUCAAGGAUUCCAGCAGUAUCAUUUCCAGCUAUGCCCAUCAGUACAAAGUGGGGGACCUACUAGGAAACGGAACUUUUGGCCAAGUGUUUAAAUGCGUUGAACUACAAAAUGGAACUCCAGUUGCUAUCAAGUUUCAAAACCUUGAAACGGCUCAACAUGAGUUUGAUAUGAUGGAAACAAUCUUGCAUUAUCUUACUGACCCUCAGAGAUAUCAUUUGAUUCAUUGUUGCGACUACUUCCAACAUGGUCCAAAAUAUUGCCUCGUCUAUGAGUUGUUGGACAAGAGUCUUUGGGAUGUUCUGAAUGAGAGGAGAUUCUUCUACAUGUAUGAAAUAAGGCCCAUCAUGCAUCAGCUGCUUGUGGCCCUACAAGUCCUUGAAUGGAUUGGCAUAAUUCACUGUGACAUCAAAGAUGACAAUAUUAUGUUUGUAAACCUUAAAGAGGAACCAUUAAGGGUCAAGUUAAUUGAUUUUGGGUGUGCCAAAUAUGCAUCAGAAGUAGAAGCUGGCAUGAAGUGUCAACCUGUAUCAUUAAGGGCUCCAGAGGUGAUCCUGGGCCUGAAAUUCACAACGGCCAUUGAUAUGUGGUCUCUAGGUUUGAUCAUGGUAUCCAUGCUCAUAGGGUGUUACCUGUUCUAUGCAACCUAUGAAUAUGAUUUGCUCAAGCUUAUCAUAGAAACUCUAGGACAGCCACCAACGGACCUUCUGAAUAAUGCAAAGUAUGCUAAGACUUUCUUUAAGAAAGAUGGGGAUGUCUGGAGGUUCAAAACGGCAGAAGAAUAUGAAGCCUCAGGACAGCACAUAGAUGUUGAGCUAAAACGCUCGUUCAGAAAUCUCGAUGAGAUAAAAGACUGUUAUACUGUUGAUAAUUGUGUGGAGUAUCAAGACCUGUGUGACAUUAUAGACCUGCUGCAGAAAAUGCUGAAGGUGGAUCCCAGAGAGAGAAUUACACCAUCAGAGGCUCUACAGCAUAACUACAUCACCAUGCAGGAAGUGGAGAAAACUCUUUCUUAUCUUCAACACUGUUUGGACUCUAAGGUUCUCUGUGCAACGGAUCAGUGUCUGGAUUCCAAAGAUGAACACACUGCCAAUGUUUCCAGCAACACAGGUUUAACUAGUGGUAGCUUUGACACAGUGCCAGGCUCUGACCACCACAACAAUGACAGAGUUAUGCUUGACAAAAGCAAAACUGUAUUUCACUCUCUCAGAAUCAGUGACUGCACAAGAAACGAUUUUAUCUCCUCUGAGCAGAGUACAAUUGUACCCACAUUUCAUAGGCAAACAUCAUUGGUCAGUGAACCCAUCAAAGACAACCUCACAUCCAAAGGCAGACGUGAGAACAUGAAUAAGCUGCAUAAAGGUUCAGUUAGCGAUCCUUCCAAAGACGGCCUUAUUGGACUGUGA